AUGAAUAAACUCUUAUUAAAUUAAAUAAAUUAAUUAAACGAUCAAAAGGCCAUAAGCGGGUAAGCCCGCAAGCCUUUGACUCGCUCAUAGCCGCAUCCAUAUACCUCUGAGCUCGAAUGAGGAGAAUUGAAGAUACCAUUUUUGGAUUUCCAGCCUGAACCACCUGUCCAAGAGAGCAGCUCCCUUGGGCAGAGCACAUCUGUAGGGUGCUUCUUCAUGGUAACGACAAGGAAAAAGCAGGUUAUAGGCAAAACCUGUCGAGCCCAUUUGGCUACGAACAGGAAACCCUUCGGGGAUAAACAAGCCUGAAGGUCUACUUCAAAGGGGAUAGAUACCCUGUUUUCAGUCAUCAGGAUGGCUCCUACCUGCUCCAUAGUAGUGCGCUUUGGAUUCCAGUUUCAGCUCGUCACUAUUUUAUUUCUUAAACUUUUAUUAGGAAUUUUUCUUUUAUUUGCAGUAGCUUUUGAAGAAAUACAGCAGCCUUCAGGGGAAUGUGAAGAUGAUCCAGACUGUAAAGCUUAUGCUGAUGCUUUAACAGAUGCCCAAGAGCCAACAAAAGAAAAAAUUGUAAAAGAUUUAGUAGCAAUUAAAACUGAUAACUCUGAUCUUACUUUUGAUAAGGACGGAAAUGUACUUAUGGUUAUAUCUGAUCGGAUAGAUUAUUAUCCUUACUCCUCUCUUGUUUAGCUAUAAGGAUAUUUGCUUGUAUAUUUAAAAAAUAUAUUUCUGUGCUGUAAAACAAUAUUUUGUGACUUACACUAUGUAGCGCAGGGCUUUUUUGGCUCAAGUUCCAGCCAAAAAAGCCCCGUGCUACAUAGUGUAAAUCACUAUAAAUUUGUAGAUAUUAUAAUAGGAAAAUCUAAUUUAAUUUUAAAAUUAUGUUUUAGAAUGUAAUUUAUCCUAAUAUAAUAUAAUAUGCUAAAUCUCAUUACUACAAUUAAAUGUAAAUUUUUCAUGCAAAAAAAGUAAAUAUUAGACAAAUUCGAUUUCUACAAAAUAGGAUUUUUCCCUUUUGAAGCCAAGAGGAGGGAGCUAUAACUCUGGAGAUAAAUUUGAGCUUAAAGAAGACACAAUGCUCACUGUGUAUCCUUUUUUGCAGGAAGAGUGUAAAACGUAUACUUUUUAUAAAACAAAAAGGGUCAUUCAAGCUUUAGGAUUUCCCCCAGACUCUGAUAUGACAGGAAUGAUAGAGGUUUAUGUAGAUUUAAAGAAAAUUUUCAGAGGAUGCCCAGAUCCUGAAAUUUCUGAUAAGGAGUGCCAAUUAGAUAUACAAAUGAAAGGUCAGGUUAAUCAGACCGAUAAUAGUCCUUGGUAUUGCGCGGAAUCAUUUGAUCAGGUAUCGCAAAAGUGAGUGAAAAUUAACACUGAGCACUUUAAGUGGCUUUGUAACAAAUUUGAAAAAUCUUUUAGAAACGAAGAAAUUUAUGAUAAUUCGCCAUGGACAGGAUUAGGGUAUACAUAUGAUUGGGGAAGCAAGAUUUAAAUUAAUUAAAAUUAUCGAAAAGCUCCAUUUAGGUCUUCACAUGUUUCAUUUAUCUCCUUAACCAUCUUCUCCUUGCUUUUAAGUUUUUUCGGGUCUAGAUUGCGAUUCGUCAUUGAUGAAGGCUUGUUCUCCCACAUGACCAGGCGCUCGGUCACCGAAUGUGGUAAAUAGCGUUCAUUUUCCAGAAAAUUCGAAAAAUAAAAUUUCUGGUCACCUGUUGGCAGAAAUGGAAACUCAAAACCAGGAUAAACAUCUGCUAUUGAUCCCAUUGGCCAAGGGAAUCUCACUGGUUUUGCAGAAACUUCCUUUCCAAUCUUGAGCAUCAGUAUUCUUCGAGGUAAAACCUUGACCUGGAUGUGGCAUGUGGUUGGCUGUCCGACAUUGCACUUGGCCGGUUCGGGUAGAACCAGGCCAGAUGCACAUUACCGAAAUCAAUCCUCUUUUCAGCAAGGUCCCGGGAUUGCCCAGCUACAAGGGUGGGGAGGCUCGUCACACCUUUGAAUAUAUGAUUGUGGAAACGAAGAUCAUGUGGGAUUUAGUGAAUUUUUCGCAUUUGAAGGGACUACAGUCAUUUUUAAUAAAAAGAAGACAAUAGAUGAGUAUUGCUAUGCAUAA